UUGCGUGACGUAUAAUUUACUGGACAGGGCGCAUCUUCAGGAACAACAACACGGCUACUCUUUCAACCACCUCGGUAGCUUGCUAGCCAACAUAACACUGAAAGAUUGACGCUUUAGACCAUGUUAAUGUACAUUAGCUAAUCUCAGUGUUGUGAACACAGUUCAGUUGACGUAUCAACUAGUUAACUUUAACCUAAUUUGCUUGUUCAAUUUGCAAACUUGUUAAAUAUUGAUACUGAGCCUAGCACUAGGCUAGUCGCUAAUGCUAGCUAGCUAGCUAACAUCCCUGAUCAUGAGUUCACUAAACUACUCAUCCCCUGCUAAAGAAGAGGAGGUCUGCUGUAUGCAGAAAAAAGCUCUGGGACUGAACAAUGUCGUGGAAGAAGGAGAGGAUGUUAUAGAGGAAAGAGAGGAAGAACCUUUCAGAGAGGAAGACGAUGCUAUCUCAGUAGAGGUGAAGAAGGAAGACGAUGCUAUCUCAGUAGAGGUGAAGAAGGAAGACGUCUUGGGAGUGAAAGAGGAGGAGACAGAAUAUCAGAUUAACACCAACAUUGACCAGGAGAGUGACACAGAAGGAAUGGAUGAGGACUCUGUGAGUGGCCACAGUUAUGAUUCCAGCGCGGAAGAAAUGUUUUUGGAAGGAAAAGAUCCACUUUUAGACCAUGGCACUGAUUCCGACUGGGAGCCCCCAGCUCCAACUUGUUCAUCCAGCUGGACCCCUGCUGUCUCUGGGCCAUCUACAGGUGUGAAGGCACCGACAAAGAAGCGGAAGAGGGGAAGUGUGCCACCUGCUAACAAAGGGACAGAAGGGCGUUGGCACACUGUCCUAGAAGAUGAUGUGGAGCCACCCCAACCAACUUUUCGUCCGAAAAGGAAGCCAGGACCUCAGGUGAACUCGACCACAACUUACAGCCCCCUUCAGCUUUUUCAGUUGUUUUUCACACAAUCCGUUGUAGAUUCGCUCGUGUCGAACACGAAUAAGUAUGGGAAGAAGAAGCAGGCGGGCAAAAAGGUAGCAUGGAAGCCCAUAUCCAUGUCAGACUUUUUCUGCUACCUUUCACUGGUCAUCUACAUGGGGCUGGUGAAGCUGAAAAGCCUGACGGACUACUGGAAAACGUCAUCACUCUACCAACUGCCUUUCCCCAUGACUGUUAUGUCCUGCAAAAGGUUUCUGGCUCUUUCACAGGCGCUUCAUAUCAGUGACCCAAAGGUUGAUGAAGAGAAUGACAAGAAGAGAGGCACAGCAACGUUUGAUAGACUGUGCAAAAUAAAACCUCUCUACUCCAGUAUUGUUGAGGCCUGCAAGACGUACUUUCAGCCAGCCCAGAACGUGUCAAUUGAUGAGAGGAUGGUAGCCUCAAAGGCCAGAAUUGACCUCAAACAAUACAUGCGAAACAAACCAACCAAGUGGGGUUACAAGCUGUUUGUGUUGGCUGAUUCUGUGUGUGCCUACACAUGCAAUUUUUUUGUCUAUGAGGGGAGGAACAGUUUUGCUACCGGUAAGGGACUUGGCUAUGACUCUGUAAUGGAGUUAUUGGAUUUUAAACUGCUAGGGAAGGGCUACAAACUGUUUGUGGAUAACUUCUACACAAGCCCUACCCUGUUCACAGACCUUAGGAAGCGGGAAGUGUGGGCUUGUGGCACCAUUCGUACCAACAGGGUGGGCUUUCCGAAGACGAAGGUGAACCACAUGCCUGAGCAGGCUGAGCGGGGGACCAUGCGAUGGAUCCGUGAAGAUGGCCUGCUGUUUGUGAAGUGGAUGGAUACCAGAGAGGUGGUGAUGUGCACAACAAUCCACAAGUCAUUCAAUGGGGAUCAUGUGGUCAGACGUGUCAAGGACGGGGUAUGGACCACCAAAAAUGUCCCCAUUCCAGCUGCAGUAAAGGACUACAACAAGAGCAUGGGAGGUGUGGACCUAUCAGAUGCGCUGAUAGGCUAUUACAAUGUUCUGCAUAAGACAAUGAAAUGGUACAAGACCUUCUUCUAUCAUUUCGUCGACAUUGCUGUGGUGAAUGCAUUCAUCCUACACAAGGAAAUGGCUAAGAGCUGUGGAAAGCCCUUCCUCUCACAGAAAGCCUUCAGAGAGCAGGUCAUCAAGGAGCUUGCUGGCUACAGCACCACUGCACCACGCCCUGUCCCUUCUGCUCCUGCUACAAGUGUUCAUCUGCCCAAAUAUAUUUGUGCAGGCAUGGAUGUGCCUAAGGGCCAAAAGGGUACAGCAUGGAGGCGUUGCUGUGUUGUUUGCAAGAUGAAGUCCCCCAUCACCUGCACCACAUGCUCGGUGACCCUCUGCUUUACAUCAGAAAGAGACUGCUAUGGCAUCUGGCAUCAGCAGCAGAAUAUUGUGUAGAGCUUUGGCAAAGUGGGUGGGGUUAUAUCCUUCCUGUUUGGCCCUGUCCGGGGGUCUCAUCGGAUGGGGCCACAGUGUCUCCUGACCCCUCCAGUAUUUAUGCUGCAGUAGUUUUCUAUUAACAGUGUGAUUUAGAGCAAAAAGCAGAAACAGGGACAAAUCAGAAACCUGGAAAACCUAAACGGAGAAAAUGGAAUUGGGUAAAAAAAUUAUUAUAAUAAUUGAUAGAGAUGUUAUAUAUAGAUAGAGAUGUUAUAGAGCCCUAAAUAAUGUAUAAAUGUUCUCUUAUUACUGGAUUAUCGAGGGAUAGUGUAGAGUAACAGCUGUGUCCUUUAACCUCCCUGCUCCUCAAUACUUCUUCCACUGGAUCAAAGCUUCAGCCAAGUAGGAUACAUGAUAGUGGCAACACAUGGAGUAGGGUUGGAUAUAGUCAUGGUAGGAUACAUGAUAGUGGAAACACAUUGAGUAGGGUUGGAUAUAGUCAUGGUAGGAUACAUGAUAGUGGCAACACAUGGAGUUGGGUUUGAUAUAGUCAUGGUAGGAUACAUGAUAGUGGCAACACAUGGAGUAGGGUUGGAUAUAGUCAUGGUAGGAUACAUGAUAGUGGAAACACAUUGAGUAGGGUUGGAUAUAGUCAUGGUAGGAUACAUGAUAGUGGAAACACAUUGAGUAGGGUUUGAUAUAGUCAUGGUAGGAUACAUGAUAGUGGCAACACAUGGAGUAGGGUUGGAUAUAGUAAUGGUAGGAUACAUGAUAGUGGCAACACAUGGAGUUGGGUUGGAUAUAGUCAUGGUAGGAUACAUGAUAGUGGCAACACAUGGAGCUGGGUUUGAUAUAGUCAUGGUAGGAUACAUGAUAGUGGCAACACAUUGAGUUGGGUUAGAUAUAGUCAUGGUAGGAUACAUGAUAGUGGAAACACAUGGAGUAGGGUUGAUAUAGUAAUGGUAGGAUACAUGAUAGUGGUAACACAUGGAGUUGGGUUGGAUAUAGUCAUGGUAGGAUACAUGAUAGUGGAAACACAUGAAGUAGGGUUUGAUAUAGUCAUGGUAAGCAAAAUACUUUACUCAACAUAUUGUGCAGCUUUCUGUUACAGGAUCUUUUUAUGGGGGGGGGGGGGGCCCUUUGUUGUUUACACAUCACACACAUGGUUAUGGGCUUUAAAAAAGAAGACACCAGUACCAUGUCAGAUACAGUUUAAAUGCAUUCAUAUUUGAAUUUGCAUCCCAAUAUGACACUUUAAAUACAUAACAGAAGACUGAAAUGUAACAAAAUGCAUAUUGUGUUUAUUGAACUGUACACUGAGAUGCUCAGUUGGUCAAUAUUCCCCUCCAGUGAUUCCCCAACAUCUUGUCAACAUGUGCCGCAAAAAUGGAGCUGAUAUCUUAUACCAGUCAUUCUUUAUAGACAUGUAUCCAUAACAAGGCUUAGGCCUCCCAUAUAGUCUGCAAAAACCUCUCCAAAAUGUCACAUUUUUUAAACAUAUUUAUUUUCAUGCAUAUAACUUGUCAUAAAUCUUUUUAUUACCAAAUUCUA